GCAAUUAAAGUCUGGAAGAUUUGGUUUCAAAACAUAUUCCACAACUUUCAAAGGAAGUGAAUCUACAUGAAGAGCUGCAAAGGGAGUUGAUUUCAGAAGACAGUGUUUGCAAAAAUGUCUUCAAGUUAUGCAACUCCAGUGUUCACUUUGAUGAUUUUGUGUUUAGCAGCUGCAGGUCCCGUGCCUAGGAGCGAAUGUGUCUUAUCCCCUGUUAACAAUUCCCACCCAGUCCAUGCCUUAUUGGAGAGUUUUACAGUCUUAUCCGGCUGUGCAAGCCGGGGCACGACAAGCCUGCCGCAAGAGGUGCACAUCCUCAAUCUCAGAAAUCCAGAGGAAGGUCUUGGCCAUCACGAAAGAGAGGUCACCUUACAUUUGAAUCCAAUUUCAUCAGUGCACAUUCACCAGAAGCCUCUGGUGUUCCUUCUCAACUCACCAUUGCCCCUGGUCUGGAAGCUAAAAACGGAGAGGCUGGCACCCGAAAUCCGGAGAGUGUUCCUCGUAUCUUUAGGUUCCAUUGUUCAGUUUGAGAAAGGGAAUUUCUCCUUGUCAGCAGAAACAGAAGAAAAACUUUUUCCUGAGAAAAAUGAACAUCUGCUGCAGUGGGCCCAAAAGGAGUAUGGAGCAGUCACAUCUUUCACUGAACUCAAAAUAUCAAGAAACGUCUAUAUCAAAGUAGGAGAAGAUCAAGUUUUUCCUCCAUCAUGCAACAUAGAAAAGAACUUUCUCUCUUUAAAUUAUCUUGCGGGAUACCUACAACCAAAGACAGCAGAAGGGUGCCAUAUGUCUAACUUAGUCCAAGAAAGAGAAGUUCAUAUCAUUGAAUUAAUCACUCCAAAUUCGAAUCCAUACAGUGCUUUCCAGGUGGAUAUAAUCGUUGACAUUAAACCAUCUCAACCAGGCGCCAAGCUUGUCAGAGACAUCGUACUCGUGCUCAAGUGUAAAAAGUCUGUCAAUUGGGUUAUCAAAUCGCAUGACAUCCAAGGAAAGCUGGAAGUGAUUACAUCAAAUAGUAUUGGUUUUGGAAAAGAAACAGAACGAUCCAUGACUAUGAGUAAAUCAAUAAUACCUGAUAUUCCCUCAUCACAUGAGAGUUUGAUCAAGUGGGCCUAUGAGCAUAACUAUAGCCCGGUUACUUCCUACACAAAAGCCCCUGUUGCUAAUCGUUUCCAUCUGCAACUUGAAGAUACAGAAGAGAUGAAUGAUGAAGAAGUCCAUUCCCUUCCUCCAGAGCUGACAGAAUUGUUGGAUGCUAGCCCACUGCCUGCCCCAAAGAAUCCUGCAUUAAGUGAUGGCCUGGCUUUUCCUUUUCACAUUAACAGAGGAAGACAUGGCACAGUGGGAGAAGGAAUCUUCCCAUCCAGAGAUUCAGCAGACACGUUAAUAAACCGUGACUUUGUGCAUUCACUUCCAAAGCAUAAAGAACCUGAAGAGGUUCAGGGUAGUGCUAAUGUAGCUCUAUCCAUAAAGUGUGAUGACAAAGUAAUGACAGUAGCUGUAGAGAAAGACUCCCUGCAGGCUAAUGGCUACACAAGGACAGAGCUCUCACUGCUGGAUCACUCUUGCAAGGCCAGGAUGAAUGGUACCCAUUUCAUUUUGGAAUCUUUGCCGAACAAAUGUGGGACUCGAACAGCAUAUAUCUUGGACAAGAUUGUUUAUUUUAACUCUAUUGUCAUUCAGCUGUCAUCACCAGUGGAAAGCAGCGGCUCCGAUGACGAUGACAUGGAGUCAGGUGAUAAUGGAUUUCCAGGGGAUGCCGAUGAAGGAGAUGUUGCUUUCUCAAGCUGGCCUGAAAUUGCGUUUAAUUGCACACUGCACCAGCUGGAGAACGAUAGAGCCUUUUUAAAUCCUUCCAUGCUCUGGCCUCCUGAACGACACGUCACCAAUGUGACCUUCAACAUGGAGCUGUACAAAACAGAUCUGUUUCUUGCUCCAUCCCAAGAACUCUUCUCUGUUGCUGAGAAUGGGCCAAUAUAUGUAGAGGUUUCUGUGACUAAAGCUGACAGAUCCUUGGGCUUUGCCAUUCAAACAUGCUUUGUUUCCCCAUUUUCAAAUCCGGAUCGAAUGUCUGAUUACACUAUUAUAGAAAAUAUUUGUCCAAAAGAUGAAUCUGUUAAAUUCUACAGCAUCGAGAAGGUGAACUUUCCAAUACCACAUGCACAGAAGGACAAAAAAAGGUUUAGCUUUGUGUUUAAACCAAUAUUCAACAUCUCCCUACUCUUUCUUCACUGCGAGCUGACUUUGUGUACAAAUAAAGACAAAGAUACUCAAGGAUUGCCUAAGUGCAUUCCUCCUGAUGAAGCUUGCACCUCGCUCAAUGUGGAUAUGAUCUUGGCCAUGAUGCAUAACAAGAAAACUUUCACCAAACCCCUCGCUGUAGUAACGUAUGAAGUAAAACAAGAAGAUCCAUCCAUCCUAAAGCCAAAUGUGAGACAACCACCCGUGCUCUACGGGCUGGACACCCUCACGGUGGUGGGCAUCGCCUUCGCGGCGUUCGUCAUCGGCGCGCUGCUCACCGGCGCGCUCUGGUUCAUCUACUCGCACACGGGGUGUUUUCCAGCAACUCCUGACUUGAGCCGGAUGGCCUUUGAAUGCUUCGCAGCCUGCAGAAGUACCUUUUCUUCGCCCUGUGAGAGGCUGUUGACUUUGGCCUGCGAUGCGAAGCGUUACACGCACGCUUCCUCCCUGCGACGCACAUUCCGGAGGCGCCUCGGUGCGCAGGCCGCGUGCGGCGGAGCGGCUCCUGCGGGAGGAAGCGGCCUGUCCCCGCGCACAGCGUGCGCUUCCAGCAGCCAACCUGCUGCUGGAGCCAGCGCUCCUGGACCGCCGCUUUAG